AGCCUUGAUAGAUUAAUCGAUUUUCCAUUAGCUUAGCAAGGCAGCUAAUGGGAAAAUUUUAAAACCUGUGUGUGUGUGUGUGUUAAGUUUAGCGACCCCGCAUAAAUCAGUAGAGAAAACAAUUGCAGCAGCAGCUCGGAACAUUUGCCAGUUUAUUGAUUUAACACGGUUAGAGCCUGGCUAAGGGUUAAGGGUUGCCAACCCAACAAGCCACGUUUGCUUACCGCGUGUAAACAGCAACAAUAGUCGCCAGGAAGGACUCGCGCUGGAACUCAGUCACAUGUUGCCUGCCAUGACUGAACCAAGGACAAGCAGCGCCUUCAAGUCAACAGCGCCAGCCAAGCCACUGCGCACUAGCAAGUUGCAACAGCAGCCGCCGCCGCAGCAGCGCCAAAUAAAAGGCACGCCCACCAGCAUCAUGUGCGAGCUAAUGCGUCUGAAGGCGCAGCAAAAGUAUCUCGAGUGCAAUCAAGUCAAACUCAAUGCCAACAAUUUUGUGGACAGCGAAGAAUCCACAGUCGAAGCGGAGAACAAAGUUGUUAGCCUGAUCAAUGAUAUUGAGCGCUUGAAGCACGAGCUGAACUCCAAGCUGCAGCAACAGCUCGCAGAGAAACGCGCUCAGCUGCAGGACAUGUGGCAUAUGAUGCACACACUCAAGCAGGACGUCUUCCAGCCCGAACGACUCAGUCUCUAUAGCGUGAAUGCGGUGCGCGAGCGCAUCAUGGGACUGAAUGCGCAACUGCAGCGACUGGGAGUGCAGAAUGCGAAGGAGCUGGCGUCGCUGAGUGUGGAAUAUGAGCAAAUGGAGCGGGAGCAGACGUUUGUGUGGAAGGAAGCGUUUUGAAGAGCGUAUAAAAGAAAUUCCUUGAAAAUAUUUUACUAGCAUUAAGCGGAGA